AUGGUCACUGUCAAUCUGCUGGCGAGAGGGAAGUUGAAGCGUCAGCUGCUGACCUUUGGAGAUGUCAUCGUGGCUUCCGCUUCGCAUCCAGAGCUCCGCGUGCAGGGCGAAUGCAUGGUCAAUGCAAAUGAGAGCUACAGGAGGAAGAACACACAUACCUGCCACAAACACUGCAAGAAUAAGGAAGAAUCAAAGACCGGCGACGAAAUUGGCCACUGUCAAAAAUGUAAGAAGUGGAAUUCGACGAACAAGCUAUCCAACGAACCGCAACCCACUAUCGCAACCAAAAUCAAGCGAAGCCUUAUCUCGAAUUUGGGGAAUACCGCCUUAACACAAAUGUGUGUCAUGAUGUUCUGCAGCCUCGUUUUGAUUGCGGCUUCCAUAGCAGCGGCAGUACCGCUCGGUGAGAAUUGGCAUUACCAGAAGGAAUACUGUGAUGAAUACUCCUCAUCACCCCAUUAUGACGAUUUCUGUAAAAUGAGCUCUACGAAGCAGUUCGAUAAGCUAUCGGGCGGAUGGGGCGGAUUCAAUCGAUCUAUACCUGUAGCUACACUGCCGCCUGACCAACUCGGGAAUGAAUUUCUGUCUUUCUGCAUAUCGAAUGGAGCCCAAUUUAUCUACUCACUGCUUUACCUGCUUAUGAUCUAUAACAUCACGCUUGUCAGUCAGGAACAUGACUGGGGGAAGCUAGAGCAUGAACGCAAGCGCCCACGAUGCACGACCGUCAAAGGAGAGAGCUUCUCGCAAGACUACCUCCUCCAGCUGCCGAAGAAGAUACUGUUCCCGGUGAUGGCAUACAGUGUAUUGACUCACUGGAUGUUGGGCGAGGCGCUCCAAACGCAAGAAGCUAUAUACAUGGAGAAUUCUCCGGACCGCCAUAUCGAGCACUCGAUGUACAUUAUCACAUACGCGUCAUACCCGCUAUGGAUGGCAACGUUCCUCAUCCUCUCCAUGACCAGCGUGUGCUGGUGGGCUUUUACUUUCAAGCGAGAAGGAUUCGUCCCGCAGAUGUUCGGCAGCAUCAGGGUCCUAUGCGCGGCUACUACGCAGUUGGAUGAUUUUCCAUCGACUGGCGUUCAAUGGGGCGAUUUGGGGGAAGGGAAACAGUUCCGUCAUGCUGGAUUUUCAUCGGAGGAGGUGAUGAAGAUAGUGCCCAACGCUCUUUAUGCGGGAACCGAUGGGCCAAGAGACGGUAAGGAGGAGAAUUGGUCAGGCGACGCCAGAACCACGCUUCAACGAUGA